CUCAUUCAUUAAUAUGUGUUGAUCUUGUACGAGCUGGGGUUAUAGAAACUGGGGUUUGAAUGGAAGGGCGCGGAGAGGCGCGGAGGUGGCACGGGCUCCACAUAUGUUCAUAUCACACCCCGCGACACAAGGCAGAGCUAGAGGGAUGGAUCAUCGGAGACUAACUAACGCACAGUGCAUGCUCUUGAGUCUUCUCCUUUCUCCGCUUAUCUUCACAAGACGCUGGCGGCAUAGGUAUGUACUCCGGAAAGAUGAUGGAUGCCGCAACCUUGGAUACGGCGCGGCAAUCCUCACAUCCAAGCUGUAUGUACCUUCUCCUUUCUUUGCGUAUCUUAUCUCGAAGCGCUUGGCGACCGACAUCGUGCGUUGGGCUUCCGUCUCCAUCCAAGCAACCAUCUGCCACUGGUUCAUUGCGGCUACUGGGCUACUCGCCCUCGUUUCUCAACGCAGCUAAGCCUUGUCGAGUAUGGGACACGUCCAGAGGCGGUUGUCGAUAUGAUCGGUCGCCAGGCUACUGCUAGCUAGUGCACCCCUCCACGCUAGCCUCAAUAACCCCUCUGCAAUGGACUGCGUUGUCUCCCGAGCGCGCUGUAUUAUACUGUACAAACGCCGCCCAUGUCCUCCGGAGAGACGCCGAAACGAACCGUCAAAGAAGCAGUGAUAUGUUUGACGGGGCAGGAGGUACAACGUGAGUCCACGGCUCAGCUGACCGGCAGAUAGAGGAGGUG